UCUAGAUUAAGAAUUAUGAAUCCACCAAAUACUGAAGCUCAUGACAAGGAACAAGGAACUCAUUACAAGGAACUGAAUCCUGUUAAAGAUCCUGAGAAGUCAUUGAAUGUCGACAUUCCUGAGCUGCUGGAAGAUCAUUUAACAAAUUUGGUUCGAGGAAGAGUGCCCCCGAAUUUUAAUUCAGCUGCUUUGCUGCCUCAAGGAAGUUCUUGUGUAUAUGAUAAAAAGGUGGAGUACUUAUCCAAAUUGGCAAAUCAGUUGCAUCAGAAAUUAGCAAAGGAACAAAAGGCUGAGCAACAAAAUAGGAAAGAAACUGCCAAAGAAAAAGAAAGACAAAAAGAAGAAAAAUUAAGUGAUCCAUUUUUAUCUACUGAAAUCAAACUUGGCAAGAAUUUGAGUUGUUUAAAGAGUGUACCCAAAAAUGCUGUAAAUAAGCAGCCCUGUAAGAAGACACAACUUUUGAAAAGUCCGUUUGUACCUAUGUUAGAUUUGGAAGAUGAUGAGAAAGGGGAUGUUAUCUUUAAGUAAGUUAUGUUCUUUAAA